AUGAGAAUAUGCCAUGUUAGUGGUCAUGACCGAAGCAAAAAACAUCAGCGGCCAGUUACCUGUGCUUUGGAGCGUGUGGAAGCAGGAAGUCCUCAUGUGUCUAAGCCCUCUGCCCUGGAAACUGACGUGGACAUGCUUGACCUGCCAACACUAUUUUCCCUGCUAGACUCAGAUAGCACUGCUCCCCCUGAAAACUCAGCUUUUUCACUAGAGAACAUCACAGGAGCCACUGAUGAUGAUCAUCUUGAAGUCCCUAUUGGCGAUCCGUGGGAUAGCACAGUUACCAAACACACAAUCGGCAGUGACUACUAUGAAGAAAUACUGGCAGCACUCCGACGAGGAGAAUCGUUAUUCUUGUGUCCCUUGGAACCUCUCAUGGAGGAGAUUGGAGUAGAACUUGACAAUGAUCUCGCUAUUGAGGUAGAUGACACAAUUCUCGAUAUUCUUGAUGACGACUGCUCCCGCACAAAUGAAAUCAACCCAGGUUCCUCAACUUAUCCAUGGACGUCAAUAUCGGAAUGUAUCACACAACUCCUAUUCAGCUCGCCUUGCACUCGGUUUUCGGAGGCUCAAAAGAGGGCCGUUCUGGACUGGGCUACUGCACUCGGUGCUAAAGACGUUCCGACACUGUACAGUAUCAAGAAAACUCAAGACCAUAUCCGUGACUUAGUGGGAAAUCCAACUGAAAAGGUUUGCGCAAAGUCGGGCACCGUGUUUUACCUCAAUUCUGUUGCAAAAGCAAUCGCAAAGGAUUAUGGCAAUCCUCUUACACGGUUCACCAUGCGGGAUUACCCAGAAGAAGGAGAUGGAAGGAUGUCGCAAGUUCAUCAUGGCUACAAGAUGAUGCACAACCUCCCUGAUGACCUUUCCCCACCUACAGUCCGUGUGGGAAUCAACAUUUUCUUUGUUGACGAGCUCCUUCAACUGUCGUCCAUGGAAUAUUUCAUUCCAAAGAAGUUUUUUGAGGUGAAGAUAACUCCUGACAACAACGCUCAGACAUUGGCCUUAGGUCACAUUGUUGUGCGGACUGACGCAGGAUUUUCUGUGGAUCCCAAGCGCGUGCUCACUCCAGUCUUGUCAUUUGUACGGACAUUUGAGGAUAUUAAAGGCCAUGCAACUGAGUUCGAGUGCGGUUUCACAGGUUUCAUUCACUCGUCGAUAUCUCUGUCUUCAAGGGCUGAUUAG